UUGGCAGUUCUCUCUGGACCACAAAGCUGAUAUAGCAUAAAUCAAUAAGCUUUGCUUCACAUAUGUGCUAUUAUAGACAUGAAAUGAAAUCUCCCUAACCUCCUCAAACGGGGGAUUUUGCCACAAAAAAUACCCUGGAACUGAAAUGUGUAUUUUAAACCUGUGUUUUUGACUGUAAACAUGUUUUGCAAUACCUAUCUCUUUAGAACGAGUCAGUUUUUUGUCACACAGCCAUAAAGAGCUCAGUGUGAGACAAAUCUUCAUCAAAACAGCACCAUCAAGUGCUAACCUUGAUCACUUCUGCUGCCUGGGCCACACUGCAACUUAAAUGUGUACUUAAAAUGAGGGGUUGGUUGUUCGAAGGAAAGCCUACCUCAAGCAUAACGAGGCAUUCCUGUGUUAAAAAGCUGGCUUCCCAUCAGGAUGCUCUGCUUGACUUAAAAUAUACAGUAGACCAGGAAAGUUUGGGAGAGACUGAAGUGGGAGGGAGGAGGCGGAACAAGGGGGGAGAAAGACUGAUGGUUGCUUUGAUCUUUGGAAGCCUGUCUGGAUUUUAAAAAAAAGAAGAAAAAAGGACAAGUGUCCAAGUCCCUUUUUCUUUAGAAAAUACGAUUAACUCAGCUAUUAAACUCUGGAGGUGUACUUUUAAAAAUAAACAAUAAUAACAAUAAUACACAUUUCCCCUAUAGGCUAUUUUUUCCCCUGGCAUUGUUCUUGGGGUGUUGAUUACGUUUUGUUUUUUGUUCCCACUUGAUUUUGUGGCAAGUGUGUAACAAGAUGCGUAUUCUCACUUCAUAAAUUUGUGGCGGAAUGGGAAAUAGGCAUUUCAAGGCCAAUAAAAGCCACCACAUCAAAUGAAACAUCGCGGAUCAAAAGAACCAACUCAUGGGCAUGUUUUCCCCCUCUAAAUUAAAAGGGGGGUAGUCUGCCACGCUUGAUCAUGCCCCGAGUCCUGCCCCACUCCUGCGAUUGGCUGGACGGACACACAAGGGGGGAAAGUUUGAAUAAAAUACAUGAGCAUGGCACGAGUGUUGUCGUUCAGGCUUGCGCGCUUGGUCCAGCAGUACUUGACUUCUAUCAGACAGAUACAUAUCCAGCGAAUUCUACAGAUGACUGUGAUAAAUCCUGGAUGACUUAUAAUUUGAGGUGACAUUAAACGCGUGCGUUUUUGGGAACGGAUGCCAAGUGUUAAUGCGUCUUUUAAGCCGUGCGUAAUAGUCGUUUCUUUCCUGGCCCCAUUUUUUUUCUUUAAAUAAACCUUGUUUCCCUUGCAUUUGGAGGACGUGCGCUUAACACAGGGAUAAGAUGACAGCGAUCAGAAUGAUUUCAUCAGUGCUGCUGGUGGUGCUGAUGCAGUCCGGAGCUCUUUGCGCACGGAGGUUCCGGGGUGGCCGCAACCCGCAACCACGACGCGCAGCAUCUCCUCCCACAUACCGGGCCGACCGGGGUGACACCACGGAGAGCUUCCCUCUGGAUUUCACCGCCGUGGAGGAGAACAUGGAUAACUUCAUGACGCAAGUGAAGAACCUGGCGCAGUCCCUGUACCCGUGCUCGGCGCAGAAGCUUGACUACGACAUGAAGCUGAACUUUUUGGAGAAUACAUCAGUCACCUGCAACGACGGGAGUGCUGCAGGGUACUACCUGAAAGAAUCCAGAGGCAGCAGACGCUGGUUGAUAUUCUUAGAAGGUGGCUGGUACUGCUUCAACAAGGAGAACUGUGACAGUCGAUAUGAGACCAUGAGGAGGUUGAUGAGUUCAUCCAAGUGGCCCCAAACAAAAACAGGCACGGGAAUCCUGUCUCCACUGCCAGAGGAAAACCCUCACUGGUGGAACGCCAACAUGGUGUUCAUCCCAUACUGCUCCAGUGACGUGUGGAGUGGCGCUAAAGCCAAAACGGAGCAAAGUGGCUAUGCCUUUAUGGGUUCACUGAUCAUUCAGGAGGUCGUAAAGGACCUGCUGAACAAAGGUCUGGACAAUGCUAAGGUCCUACUCUUAGCAGGAAGCAGUGCCGGCGGCACCGGGGUCCUGCUCAAUGUAGACCGCGUGGCAGAGCUCUUGGAGGGACUAGGGCACACUGGGAUACAAGUGCGAGGUCUGUCCGACUCUGGCUGGUUCUUGGACAACAAGCAGUACCACUGCACAGACUGUGUGGACACAGUCAGCUGUGCCCCCACUGAAACCAUCAAGAGAGGCAUCAAGUACUGGGGUGGAGUGGUGCCAGAAAGGUGCAGGCAGACUCAUCAAGGAGAAGAGUGGAACUGCUUCUUCGGAUACAGAGUAUUCCCAUCAAUAAAGAGCCCGGUGUUUGUGGUCCAGUGGCUCUUUGAUGAGGCCCAGCUGACAGUGGACAACAUCCAGCUGACAGGCCAACCUGUGCAGGAGGGCCAGUGGCGCUACAUACAAAAUCUGGGCAUAGAGCUGAGAAACACACUCAAAGAUGUCCCGGCUAUGUUUGCUCCAGCAUGCCUGUCUCAUGAGGUUAUCACCAGAAAUUACUGGACUGAUGUGCAGGUUAAGGGCACCUCCUUACCCCGAGCACUGCACUGCUGGGACCGGAGUCUCCAUGACAACAGGAACAACAAAGCCCCGCCCAAGGGCUGCCCCGUACAUUUAAUUGACAGCUGCCCAUGGCCGCACUGCAACCCCACCUGCCCGACCAUCCGAGACCAGUUCACGGGACAAGAGAUGAACGUGAUUCAGUUCCUCAUGCACAUGGGCUUUGACGUGCAGAAGAUGGCUCAGCAGCAGGGCAUGGACCCCAGCAAGCUACUGGGCAUGCUCAGCAGUGGCAGCUAAAGAGACACGCACAAACAAAAGUAUCUCCAAGCUAAGCCCCCGUGCAGGGUCGUCUGGUCUCUCUGGCCAGUCCCAUGCCAAUACCUCCAAAUACUCAUCCAACCCUCACAACCCAUUCUACCUUUGAUAUAUUCCUCUGACCUCCUGCUUACUUUAGCCCAAACCUCAGUCAACCAAAGGGGCUUACUUACAUCAUGUCCGACAAUCCUUUUCCUAGUUGUACUGACAACAAGUACAGGGGCAACACGCCUCCAUGUUAAGGCACGACUCUCUGCUACGCACCAUUUAAAUUAUCUUUUGCUUUGUAAAAGAAAAAAAUAUCAUGAAUGUAAUCCAGUUUUAAGGAUGCUCAUUGAUGUUAUGUUUUUUUAAUAUAUAUUAUUUUCAUCCUUCCAUAUAGUCACUAUAGAGUAUAUAAGGGUAUAAUUUUUGUCCAGUUUUAUAGAUGAUUCUUAAAACCAAAUAUCUCAGACAUCAGGUUCAACAGGUUAGUUGAGAAAAGCACUGGAUCAGGAAGAAAAUUUCAUAAUUUACCUCGAAAAAAACAAAGACAAAAAUGAGAGACAGAAACAAAUAAUCCCAAGAGCCUGGCCAAUAUGAAUUAUUGAUGGCUGAUGCUGACUUAAAAAAAUUAAUGAUAUCAAUGUAUCGGUCAAUGCGUAUAUUAAAAUUGUUAUUACAUUACAAAUUAAGCUAAUAAAUAUAUAUAACCUAAAUGACAAAAAUAAUGUGUCUACAAAGGGCUAAUAUUGGCAUCAGCCAGUUAAUUCAUUGAUCGGGCUCUAAUAACCAAUUGAAUCAACUUAACACACUCUAGUUAGGCUGCAUGAAUUGCUGUAAUUUUCUAAUGGAAGUAACCAAAUAGAAAUACAGUUAAAGUCCUCAUAUUAUCAUAGCGAUUAUCAUCAGACAGCAAAAGGUCACUGCAGACGUAACUGUUAUUUUUGACAGUGUUGGCUUCAAAGUGGCACACACUCGACAGCCACGAAGAUGCCAUGAUGGUCUGGCUCAGUUGUGUUCUGAAACUGAUUAAGGUGCUAAAGUGGACCGACCGGUGAACACUUUUAAGGUCUAUCAGUAGCUAUACAUACAACACAGUGCCAUCACAUCAACUCUAUACCUCUGUCUCAGAGGCCGCGUCAUCACAAGAAGACUGUUCAGACUCUUACAAAGGCGACACAUUCACGUUAGGCCACCUCAGCCGAUCCUCAGAUCAAUGCAACAAACAUUUAAAGGGAGACAAAUAUUGUGUAUUGUAUAUUUUUUGAGUAUUUGUAUAGGUUCUUUCGAGUGUUCACUCUUGCAACUCCCUUAUUAUAUUUCAUCAUAGAGAUCACUUUUUAAUAUAAUGACAAUGUUGUAUGUAAUAAUGUCUUUAUGAAUGAUGUUUGUUUUUUUAAAAGGACCUCUAUUUCACAUCAGAUCAGAGAUGGAAAGGUAUUACAAAUUUUAUUCUGUAACAUAUUUUUUAACAGAAAAAAAAAAACUCAAGCUACAUUGGUAAUUUACAUAUUUAUUUUGUUAUGUAAAUCAUAUUUAUAAGUGCUAUUUUCACAGAGAAGUGAUUCUUUGUAAAUUGUAAAUACAUUGCUGUUUUUUUCUCUCUUUGUGUUGAUUGCAUGUCUUUGUAUCGAAACCUGAAAGAAAAAUCACAUUACAUAUACUACAAGGUAAA